AUCAAGACACAACUACCGGAAGUUAAACAAGCCGAAGCCUAAAGGUAGCUUAGCAUCUUCUCAUUGUUGAGGCUAAACAACAGAUUGGUUCGCCAUGUCGGUGACGCAAUCGAGCGCGUCCAAAUUCCAUCACUUGAGGACGUUCGUCAACGAGCGACUCACUGCCGCGGCUGAAGAAAUAUUUGGCGUCUUUGAGAAAACCAUCGCCGCCUACGAAGAAGAGCUGGAGCGUCAGCGUCAGCGCAGACUUCUGGACGUCGUCUGCAGACCGAGCGGACAUUCACACAUGACAGAGUCCCCAGAGAGGGCCUUGUGUUCCCAAGACAGCAUCACCAGUGUGGAGCAGGAGCUGCUUGAACCUUCGCACAUUAAAGUGGAACAAGAGGAACGCUUUUCCAACUGUGCAGUUUGGCCGCUGGCUUUGACAGGUGACCACGAUGAAGGCCGAGCGGGCAAAGAAGCCAUCGACGUCACGGAACGCGACGACUUUGACGUAUCCGAAGCGAGCAGCGAUAAUCAAAUCGUCUUCCGUGACUUUUAUCCAGAUAAUACCAAAGAUUAUCUAAUUAGCCACAACCCGGCCUCUACGUCCACCUGCGGUAUCAAAAUGGAACGUCGCAACCAGGAGGACAGGACGUCCAACCUGGAGAACGCCUCGUCAGCCGUUUUUGAGCCGCCUUUUCACGGCGCCGGCGCCGGCCUCCACAUGGAUGAUUCGGACGCGUAUGCGCAGGCCAAGCCUUUCGUUUGCGACAUCUGCAGCAAGGGCUUCGGAUUCAAGCGCUACCUGGCGCAGCACAUGAUCACCCACUCGACGGAGAAGCCGUACUCGUGCGGCAGGUGUCGCAAGACCUUCCGGCGUAUGCAGGGCCUGCAGAUACACAUGCGGUGUCACACGGGCGAGAAGCCGUAUUUCUGCAAAACCUGCGGCAAGAGAUUCUGCCAGAGCUCCUCGCUCAGGGUUCACCUGAGAGUCCACACGGGGGAGAAGCCGUACUCGUGCACCACGUGCGGGACGGGCUUCAGCAGCCUGCCGGUGUUGAGGAACCACAUGGUGAGGGUCCACGAUGGCAACAUGCUGUACCUCGCCUCGUCCGGGGAGAGGAACUCGGUUCUGUGGCCCAACUGAAGUGUUGGAUGUGACCUUUGAGUGUUUUGCUGUAUUUUUAGGGAGGUGAAUUGGUUGCAGAAGUAACCUUUGCUUGUAGAAAACACAUUUGCAGUUGGAGCUACACUGUGAAAUAAAACAAGCUCCAAAUGAUCCUGCGUAGGGCCAACAAACAACAGUUUGGGCGCUAAAACUCCAAAUUUGUUCCUUUUGUACCAAAUUUAGCGCAAUAGUCUCAAAUGAGAAAUUGUCUGGCCCCACACUAGUCUAAACUUUGUGGAAUAGAAUGGAGCUGAAAAAAGACGAGCUCCAGUUUACCUGUCAACCAACCGGACAUGGAUAGGAGGAAUUAUUGGAAGACUUCCAGCACAUUUUCACCACAUGAACCAAACGACAUCUCUGUAAAUAGUUGAAUUGUGAAUAUAUUUAUUAUUGAGUACAAACUACUGUUGUCUGAUUGUUUUUGGUUCCCGCUUUAUUUUUUCUGUUGGAAUAAACUACCUCAGUGAUUUGUUUUUGUAACCUUUCUGUGAUUAAAUUGCAAGUGACUGGAGUGUCCAAGCCACUAGA